GAUCCAGACACAUUUUGCCCGCCUCCCCCAUCGCUGCCGUCUCCGGGCACAGUCGAGAGCAAACCAUGCGAAAUAUGCACCAGAUUCACCCUCGGCUCUGCCCUGCGGCUCAACAGGCCUUCCGUCCUCUCAGACGGAGCCUCAGCACUCAGGCGUAUCCGCGACCGCUGUAUCUGAUUGAGACGAAUGACAAGCUCUAUGGGAUAUCCAUGGUUGACCCCGCGAAGCUUUCCAGAGUCUUGCCAAAGGCCCUUGUUGGGUGGGUACCAAAGGAAACUGCACCAGAGCCCUCAUCCUUUGCAGGGCCCUCACCACGCAGCUUUUUGGAGAACAAAGAGUUCCAAGAUGUUCUUCAUUCUACUCUGGAAAAGUACAUUCAUCUGGAUGUUCAUACUCAAGAUUUAGCAAGGCAUCAAAAUAUUGGCCACCUGAAUAUCAACGAUCAACGAGUGUUCUCGCCAUGGGGACGAGUCAGCGACCCUGAAGAUAUUUUCGGGACUGUGCUGUUGGACCAAGGUCGAAUCGUGCCCGGCUCCUAUCAACGUACCGGGUCUCAUCGGGUCGUUUCUCGCGAAGGAUUGUUCCAGCUAUCGGACUAUAUGUACGAGCAGCUCCUUGGGGAGAUACGCCUCUUGCGAUGAAAUUGGCGCAGUCCAAUAUCAGAAUCAAAGUGGCCGCCGUGAUUGAGCAUCGCUCAUCAAUAACUGUCCAUUGCCCACCGCCGUUGCUCUCGGCAGUCCAUGGGCAAUACAUCGUGUGCGAUGGAGGAACCCGCAGCACCCAUUCAACCCAUGAAAAGACCACUCCGUUGUUGUGGGACGAGAUUAC